AGUCCCUGCAGCUAGCAGGCCUUCUGAAAGCAAAAUCCAUGGGUGACAGGAGAUUCAUUGACUUCCAGUUCCAAGAUUUAAAUUCAAGUCUCAGGCCCAGAUUGGGCAAUGCGACUGCCAAUAAUACUUGUAUUGUUGAUGAUUCUUUCAAGUAUAAUCUGAAUGGUGCUGUCUACAGUGUUGUAUUCAUCCUGGGUCUAAUCACCAACAGCGCUUCUCUGUUUGUCUUCUGCUUCCGCAUGAAAAUGAGAAGUGAGACGGCUAUUUUCAUUACCAAUCUGGCCCUCUCUGAUUUGCUCUUUGUUUGUACCCUACCUUUCAAAAUAUUUUACAACUUCAAUCGCCACUGGCCUUUUGGUGACACCCUCUGCAAGAUCUCGGGGACUGCAUUCCUCACCAACAUCUAUGGGAGUAUGCUCUUCCUCACCUGUAUCAGUGUGGAUCGUUUCCUGGCUAUUGUUUAUCCCUUUAGGUCUCGUACCAUUAGGACCAGAAGGAACUCUGCCAUUGUGUGUGCUGGAGUCUGGAUCCUAGUCCUUAGUGGUGGUAUUUCAGCUUCUUUGUUCUCCACUACUAAUGUCAACAAUGCAACUACCACCUGCUUUGAGGGCUUCUCCAAGCGUGUCUGGAAGACUUAUCUGUCCAAGAUUACAAUAUUUAUUGAAGUUGUUGGGUUCAUUAUCCCUCUCAUAUUGAAUGUUUCCUGCUCCUCUGUGGUGCUGAGAACCCUUCGCAAGCCGGCAACACUGUCACAAAUUGGGACCAAUAAGAAAAAAGUGCUGAAGAUGAUCACAGUACAUAUGGCAGUCUUUGUGGUAUGCUUUGUACCCUACAACUCUGUUCUCUUCCUGUAUGCCUUGGUGCGCUCUCAAGCCAUUACUAAUUGUUUGUUGGAACGAUUUGCAAAGAUCAUGUACCCAAUUACUUUGUGCCUUGCCACUCUGAAUUGUUGCUUUGACCCUUUCAUCUAUUACUUUACCCUUGAGUCUUUUCAGAAGUCCUUCUACAUCAACACCCAUAUCAGAAUGGAGUCUCUGUUUAAGACUGAAACACCUCUGACCACAAAGCCUUCCCUUCCAGCUAUUCAAGAGGAAGUUAGUGAUCAAACAACAAAUAAUGGUGGUGAAUUAAUGCUAGAAUCCACUUUCUAG